AUGGGAUUCGGAGGAGCAUCCGCAUGGCUGUUUGCCGAAGAGGGCGCCAAGGUAGUACUGACUGACAUCGACGUCGCGGCUGGCGAGAGAACAGUCGCGCAGAUGCGCGACGAAGGCCACGACGUGAUGUUCACUCGACUGGACGUCACCAGCGAAAGCGAGUGGCAGGAAGCCAUCGAGACGACCGUCUCCACAUACGGUGGACUGAACGUACUGGUCAAUAACGCCGGCACUGGAGGACGGCCGACGGUCGAGGAAACCUCCGAGGAGGUUUGGCAGGGCCAGAUGGACAUUCACGGCAAGGGUGUCUUCCUGGUACCAGCACGCGAUUCCUCACAUGCGGGCGCGGUGGCGGAUCGAUCAUAA